UCGCUUUUCUAGCCUCAGUCCUUCGCGGUUUGGAAGGCACAACAUAAAAACAAACGGAUGGCGGACAAUCACCUGCGAAAUAAACCAGGCCGCUUUUCUGAGCGCUUCGUACGGCUUCAGUGCUUGGUGAAGGCGACACGAAAAGGCAAUUUAACGGAGGUUCGUGAGCUAGUGCAGGCUGGAGUUAGCGUUAAUUGUACCGCUGGAGGUGUUACGGCGAUUCAUGUGGCUGCCGCUCAUGAUCAUGUCGACUGCGCCGAGUUUCUUCUCAAAAACAAGGGAAAUGUUAAUCAGACCAUCGCGGACCUUAUCACCCCGCUUCAUGUAGCGGUUAGAUUCGAUAGUUUAGCUUGUGUUGUGCUGUUUACUAGUUACGGUGCCGAAGUUAACGCCGUAAACAAAGAGGGCUGGUCGCCUUUGCAUAUGGCAGCUAGAAAUGGCAGUACAAAAUCAGCGGAGAUUUUGAUCCACCAUGGCGCUGAAAUAGAAGCUUUUAUCAAACCAAGAAACGCACAAGCAGACCAGCUUUACCCGGUGCAUUUCGCUGCACGCCAUGGGCACGCAGAAUGUAUUGAAAUGCUUUUAAAACAUGGUGCAAAAGUGAACAGACAGACUGGUAAAAGCCUUAUGACUGCUCUUCACCUGGCAGUACAACACAAGCAUUUGGCGUGUACUAACGCGCUACUGUCUUAUCGCGCCAGUACUGAAAUAGCAGACUACAAUGGUAACCUACCACUGCAUAUUGCGUGCAAGGGUGGUGAUCAUGGCGCUAUAGAGCUUUUGCUUCAGGCUGGCACCAAAACAGAUUAUUUUAACAUUGCUGGGAAAAGACCUUAUGAUCUCCUCAAUCAGCCAGAUGCAAAGGCUAUGCUUCAGAGACUUUCACGGUACCCCAAGACGUUGGCUUUUAUGUGUGUUCAAGUUAUAAGGGCUUCAUUACAUAUGGAGGGUUGCCCUAAAUCUUUGCGGCAACUGAGUGAUGAACUUCCUGUCCCGACAUCUGUGAAAAGUGCACUGUCUCUUAACAGUGUUGUUCAAAUUGUGAAACCACCAUGUGAAUAACUAUUAGAAGGGGAAAUCAUAUUGAAAAGGUAUAAAAACAACAAAAAUGGAAAUAUUUUGAUAACUUGAAAAAUGUCAAGGGCAAUAGGAUUAGAGUUUGUCAGUAAGUGAGAGUGCAACUAGUGCUUCUAUGACCAUAGAGGAUUUCAUUUUAUCAUGUACAUUAAUUUUACUCUCUUCCCUGUCCUAGAAAAAAAUGACUUAUUUCUUUUUAAAAAAAUGGUUGAUCAGUAAGUUAUGUGAAAUACCAUCAAGUGUUUUAAUAAUUAUGCUUGUCCCCAAAUAUGUGGUGUUACCUUAAAAAUAAAAUGAGGGCAUUUAGAGACUCAGUGGCAGGGUGUGGCAUGCAUUUAGAACAGAUGUGUUCAUUGCUCUGCUUGUAUAUAACAUUUUUGCUCUUUGAGGGUAAGUAACUCUUGGAUUAAAAGGUAUUGACUCUAUUUCAUGAUUUUUUUCUUAUAAAUGUAAAUAGGGAUACAAAAAUAGGUAGUGCCCUUAUUUCCACCUCUGCUAUUAUCUUGAGUGGGUCUCUUUCAAAAACAGUUUUUUUAAUCAACUAUAUAUGAUUGGGAAUAAAACAGUAAACAAAACAUUAUUUUAUUUAAUAAUAAAAAGUUCCAUGCAGAUUAUGCUUUUUGCCACAUGUUUAAUCCAACAAAAUAAAAUACCCUCUCUAUCAAAUAUAUUACUAUACAUAAUAAAUGUAACUAGCAUACCCUGUCUUUUCACAUAUAUUUAUAACUGUCGGGGAGCCCAGAAUAUGAGUUAACACUAGCUUUUUUUUUAAAAAAAAAGCUACAUAUGUUUUUUUUAACACCAAUGAAUGAUUUCAUUAUAACUUACAUCCCUUCAAUCAUCAGCCUGUAUUGUGAGUGUUAAAAGUGAUUAGCAAUCUAAUCCAUUAUCAACCUUUCAAGGAGACCUAUACCUUUCAAAUUAUAAUCCAGUAUUAACAUAUUUAUAACCAUUAAAAUAUCUGUGAAUCAGGAGUGAUUUAA